GAAAGUGGAAAGAAGAGAGUGUGGGAGAGUGCCGCAAACAAAAAAACAUUAGAAACACCACAGUUGUUGAUAACAAAAGUGUGUCAAAAUAUCAUCAGCAAUGGGAAGAAAUAGCAGCAUAAUAAGAACAAUAAUAAUAAUAAUAUUAACAAUACUCGACUGAUAAUAAAGAGAACAACAAAAACUCUGCACGUGCUGAUAACCAAGAAAUUGGUUUUUUUGCUUUUGCUUUUGCGUUUGCUAUCAUCAUUCGUUCUAUGUAAACACCCAGGGAGAAUAAACAAAACAAACUGCAUAUAUGCAAGACAGAGGACAAAGAAGUGGAAGAAGAAGCAGUAGAAGCUUGCACAUAUCAACGUCACGUCGACGCUGACAGCGCUGUCGACGUCGCUGUCGCCGUCGCCGUCGCUGCCGAGACGUUGACAACGUUGUCCGCGAGCCAAAACGUAAAUAAGCUAAAUAACAGAAACAAAUAAACAUAGACCCGCAAGAUGCACGGCGUCAAGCGUGUGCUCGUGUUUUGCAUUAUGAUUGUAAUACUGCCGGCAAUACUGAUCAUAAUGCCACUCUAUAUGCGCAAGACGAUCUUCGCAGAUGUCAUCUAUCCGGUUGCCGAAUCGGACAUCAUUGAGAUAAGGGAUGGCAUUUCCUCGAUAUUCUGUUCGAAGCACACGCUGCGCAUGAAUAGCCAUUUCAAUGCCUUUCAGCUGCGCAACAAACCCGAAAUAUCCACGAAUCGCAAGCACAUCAGGCUAAAGAAGUCAAUGACACUGCCGGACGAUACCCUGGAAUAUUGGGGUUUCUUUUUGCUGAAGGGUGCACGCGUUUCCCUCAAGUUCUGUUCGCGCUACAAUGGAUCGCGUUUGCUGGUGAUCAAGGGCAAGCGAGAGCUGAAACUCUGCGGCCUCACCGAUCACAACAAGAACAAACUUGGCGCCAACUAUGCCCAGGGCCACGAGCAGGUCAAAGUAUUCUUCGAGGAUGUGGUGGAAAUCACCGAGGAGAAGCUCCAAGUUGAUGGACUACUCGAGCAUGAGAAUCACGGAGGCGAAGAUCUAAGCGACGAUCAUCCGCCAGCAAACGCCAGCCUAAAGCCGACGCCGGUGCCAACGCCCGCAAAGCGACAGCAAAAGAAACUCAAGAAGGGCACGGCUCACCCGAUGCCCAAGUCGAUGGAAUCACUUGAUCCGACUGUUCACAAUGAGAGCAGCAAUGCGGCAGGCCAUCACACGAGACGUCAGGCAUCCCAUGAGCGGGACAAACGGCAGCUCUAUGAGCAGCUUUACAAGCGCAAGGAGCGACAGAAGCGUGAAAAUGUCUAUGACCGGAAAUACAGUCACGGCGGCAAUGCGGUCAACUUUACGGAGACUGAUGAAUCCAAUUCCAUAUCGAGCUUUGAGACUGGACUCUUUGAAUGCUUCAAUGGUGCCAUCUUGCUGGCCGAGGGCUUUCCCCCGAAGCCGGCGUGCAUGAAUGCGCACUUUCUCGAAAAGGGCAAACACGAUACGGUCAAGCAUAAUAUCACCGAGGAUGGUUACUAUUAUUAUAUAUUUUACAGUGACAACGAUCUGGUGCGCAACGAUAUACACGCCAUUUUCGAUAUCUAUAAGCCAACAUUUCAAUACUCGAAUCUAAGUGAAUCGCGUGGCUGCUUGAACAGCACCGAUUGCAGUUUCAACAUUGGUUUCCUAUCCGACGAAAUUGUCGUCGUCGAGGUGCCCACACGGGAUGGCAUCGAGCAUGAGGAAGAUGAUAUUACAAAUCUCAUCUCAACUUGUCAUCCGCGUAGCGAAAUCUAUGCACUAUUUCCCAUAACGGUGCUGGUGCUCAUAUUAUGCUGCUCAUUCCUAUAGAAAUUUGUGCGACGUGAGACGUUCGCAGUUUGUACUCUAAGAAUCUUGUGAUAAUUGAGAUAAUCGAGUGAUAUAUGUAUGUAUGUGUAUGUGCGUGAGCUGGCCCAUAAGACAUGAAUCGUCAUAAAGCAUGCAUCAAAUGUAACACAGUCUGAACCCAUGUGUAACCAAAACAAAUCAACUAGAAUAUGCUAUAUAAAAGAAAUUUUUAAAAAUUAAACAAACAGAAAAUUAAAAAAAAAUAAUUAUAACUAUAUAAUUUUGUAAGCCGAUAUUUAGUGUAGGACCCAAGCAUUUAGGCUAGAAAUUGACAUGAGAAAUAC